ACACAACAAACCCGUACAAUUACAAAAUGGCUACCGGAGGGACAGGCUGUGAGAACAAUCACGAAAUGGAAACAGAAGUGACUCGGCUAAACGGCGUCCAAGAAAUGCCGAAAUCCAGCACUGCUGAGGCGAAGUGGGUUCGGUUAAAUGUUGGAGGGACGUAUUUUCUGACAACGAGGACGACAUUAUGUCGAGAUCCCAAGUCUUUUCUAUGCAGGUUGUGUCAAGAAGACCCGGACUUGAGUUCAGACACGGAUGACACUGGUGCCUAUUUGAUAGACCGUGACCCGACAUACUUUGGGCCUGUCCUAAACUACCUGAGACACGGCAAGCUGGUGUUAAAUAAAGACCUCUCUGAGGAAGGUGUCUUAGAAGAAGCUGAAUUUUACAACAUUACAUCAUUAAUAAAGACCGUCAAGGAGAGAAUAAGAGACAGGGACACACGCACAGCACAGGGUUCAUUAAAGCACGUGUACAGAGUAUUACAAUGCCAAGAGGAAGAAAUAACCCAGAUGGUCUCCACAAUGUCUGACGGCUGGAGGUUUGAGCAGCUGAUAAACAUUGGGUCAUCUUAUAACUAUGGCAACGAAGACCAGGGCGAGUUUCUGUGUGUUGUAUCCAAGGAGCUAAAUAACACAGACGGGGUCAACAUGGCAGAACACACGGACAAAGCAAAGAUACUUCAGGAACGGGCAUUCCGGUUGCGUGACCACAGAUCAUAGAACAACAGACAGGGAUCAAGAGGUCAGCUUCACUCAGCCUUAGUUAAGAUGUGCAACUCCUUCAUUUUUUUUUCUUUGGUUUUGGUCUUGGGGGACUCCAACGUGGCUUGCCACGUGCAUUUUUCUUUCUCCUUUGGAUGGGAGACAGCACACAAAUAGCUUCAUGUUUUUCUUCACUAGCUAAGUAGAUUUGUAAAUCUUUAUGAGUGGCCUUGUCUUUUUCCUAAGUCUGCAUUGGGUGUGAUUUCUAGCCACGUGGCAUGUACUGUUUCUACUGCCUCAGAGCCAGGGAUAUUUAGAACUUGGGGCUCUUACCAAUGCGUACGUGGACAGCUGAAGAGCUCUUUUGGUGGAGCACCAACGAAUCCUGUUCGCCCUAGUUUCUUUAAUGAAAUAUACAUUGUAUUUACAAAGUAUAAGAUUGGUCGCUCUUUUUUGUAGCAGGAACGGAAUGCGAACCGUAGCUUUUGUGACAAAUGUAGUCCACAUGCUGUAGUGUGUUCUGCCACUAUCCGCCUUGAGCAGAAGCCCCCCCUCAGUUGGCUGAAAAGAUCCAUGUUGGUCAGGAGUGUUCAAAUUGUUGGUAGCGAUGAGACCGUAACGCAUGCAUUUCCUAGUUUUCGUGAACC